AUGGCCACCGGUGGGGACCAACAGGCUUCCACCUCUGGAAAUCAACCCGCGCCUGGCACAAGUAAUAGUAGUGUGCAAAUGGGGGCCAUGCCCUGUGACCCACAAGCUUUCGCUCAAUUUUUCCGGGCAUUUGAAACCUUCUAUAGGCAAUGUAGGCCCGGUCCUCUGGUUACCCCUUCCCUGGAACCGUCGCAGGAGGUAAUACCAGACACUCCUCCUGUCUACCAAGGCCAGCAAGGAAUCCCAGCCGCUGCAGGGGGCGGUGUGCAGUUGGGGAACCAAAGCGCAGGUCGUCCUAACACUAGAGCUCAGGCAGCCAUUACUCGAAGGGCCAAUCAGAGCACUGGUAGGGGAAAAACAUCGGGAAAAAGCUCUGGCAAGGGAAAAGGCACGUCAAGAGGGUCGGGAAGUGAUGCCACUUCACAGGCUGUAGGCAUACCUAGUGUUUUUCAGGAGCAGCAGCCCCAGCACAGUUCUACCGAGGACAGUGCGGGUUCCGGCUUGGAGGAGGAACAUGGGGAGGCUCGACCGGGACAGCAGCCGACUGUAGCGACUUCACCCGUCCCAGAGGUACAGGGUGGAAAACGAAAAUCUAAGAAGAAGCACACCUCCUCAAAAAAGAAAAGGAGCAAACAGUCCGAUACAGAGGAUGACUCAGGUACGUCUUCUUCUGAUUCUGACAGUGAGGGCCCCAUGGAUGCUUAUUGGGGCUUGGGUGAAGGGAACCAUGGGAUCCCGCUGUGGGCGCAUGAGAGGCGAGCUAAUUCCCAUCGUAAAACUUUUAAUGGGGUGCUGGAUUGGAAGGAUGGGGCCUUGGUAGAGGAUGUAAAGGUGGCCACCAAUCAAUCCACCGAUUUCAUUCUGGGGAACCAUUUGUCCCAGAGGAAAAGGAAUAAAAUCCUCAAUGGGGACUAUGUGGAUAUGUUCACCCUGCUCCCACCUACUAAACUAUUGGGUAAGGGUGAAAAGAGGCGCUCUUCAGGUAAGGGAAGAUACAGGACCCCCAGGGCGGAGCGCACCUUCGAGAACUGGUUGGACGGGUUCCAGGUCUUUAUGGGUGUCGUUUGCGCUGCUUAUCCGCGGCGCUCAAUGGAUUUGGUGGCCUACCUGGCUCACGUGAGGCGGGCUCACUCGCUCGCAGGGGAGCAAGCUGCGCUAACAUAUGACGAGAACUUUCGUAGAAAUGCUUCUCUCCUACCUUCCACCCGUUGGGACCUGACCGACCCGAACUAUUGGGGCGAAGACGUCAAUCCCUACAUCGAUAAGAAAAAUUUAGCUUCUGCCAAGGCGGGUAAGAUGGAGGUAAAACGACGUCGCCUCUGCUGGGAGUUCAACAGGGGCGCGUGUUCGAGAUCCUCAUGUAAGUACUUGCAUGAGUGCGAUCGGUGCUGGGGGAGUCACCCCGCAUCCGCGUGCUUCAAGAACAAGCAGCAGCCCUUUCGGGGGGGCAGGGGGUACUUCCACAAUAACACCAGAGGUGCCCCCGGAUCUUCCCACCAAGGACCUGGUAACCGCCAGUAA